AAUCAAAUCUCAGUAGUCGUUUUCUCUUCCAUCAUCAUUCUGUCAAUAUUCUCGACCGCAAGAAGAUGUUCCGAAGCAGUAUCAUCCACCUGCGAAGCAUUCUCCAGGGAACCACCGGAUUGUCUGCCAUCCGGACCGCACCCGUUCGCCACUCCCACGGUGGCUGUGAAAGUGAUGCGGAGUUUGACGCCCGCUUCGAGGCCUAUUUCAAUCGACCGGAUAUCGACCACUGGGAGGCACGGAAGGCGAUGAACGAUCUGCUCGGAAUGGACUUGGUCCCGGAGCCGAAGAUUAUCGUUGCCGCAUUGAAGGCAUGCCGUCGGUUGAAUGACUACGCACUGGCGAUCCGGUUCAUGGAAGGGGUGAAGAAUCAGUGUGGCUCGAACGAGAAGGAAAUCUAUCCGUACCUGUUGCAGGAGAUCAAACCGACGUUGUGCGAUUUGGGAAUCGAUACGGUGGAGGAGUUGGGGUAUGAUAAGCCGGAGUUGGCAAUGAAAACUAUUUACGAUUUGGAAAAAUAAAAGUUGAAAUGUAAUGAAGUUUGAUGUGAAAUAAAAAAAAAAUAGUAAAAACAAAAA